AUGUCUCUAUGCACUACCUGCGCAAGACGAAAACUCUCUUGUGAUCAACUCAAGCCGCGCUGCUCACCCUGUCGACGCUCUCACCUCAAAUGUGCUUAUGAACCGUCGCCUCACGCUGUAUUCGAGUUUAGAGAUGAGACAGAGCAGAUCAGGACUCAUACUAGGCGUCGUGGGAGGAAGAAGAGCACUCGUGGGCAACCAAUCCAUGUGGAGAUGAGCCCUCAGACCCAGGCUGCCUUUUCAGCUGUCGAUACGGAUGCGUCGGACUCAUUCGAACCAUCAUCACUUGCAAUGCUCGAUGCGACCGCGAUGCCUUGGAUGGAUGGGGUAUUUGACUCGUAUCCCGACCAACAGUGGGACUUGAGUCCGGAAUCUACAAUCAUUUACAAUGGUGCCGCGCAACUUUGGCUGCCGCAGACGGACUCGCCUGGUCAAAUAUCCACUGACUUCAACGCGGGCAGCCUGUCCUCGAGUUCCCCUCAGACAGUCUCCGAACGGGUCCUGGCGCAGCACUACACCCAGAAUCUCGCGUCGAAAUACAGCUCCAAGGGCCAAACUUGGAACAAUCACACGUACUUCUUCAAUCGCUUCAACUCGAGCCAUUCGUUUGUGAUAUCGGCACUUUACGCAUGGACAGCUGCUCACCUUCACUGUAAUGGGACGUUGGAUUCGGAGAGUAGCGCCUUGGAGCACUACGAAAAGAGUCUCGCAGCUCUUGGGGAUCAAUUGGGCAUCCAUUUCGGGAUUGGGGCUGUGGAUCAGGAACUUGGCCAGACUUGGCCUCAGCGCAUCAUCCGAGACGAUGACCUGGAUGCCGUCUCAGUCAUGCUUUAUUUCCUCGCCUGGACCGAUCUGCUGCUUUCACGAAGGGCCUCGUUGAAGCGUAUGCUAAGCCUUGAAGCUUGUCUUCUCGAAAGCCGAGGUCACGGUGAUCAAUCGCAGUCAGUCUACGGUAGAAUGGCUGUGUGGUUCUGCUUUCUCGAUGCUCGCGCAUCUCUCUUUUCUCGGGGGGAUGACCGCAUCAUACAGUGUCUUGGCAACGACUUGGGAUUAAUGUUUGCUGUGGACAAGUCCUACAAUUUUCUGCAAGAAGAAUAUACUUUGCUGUACCCGAAGGAGGAGCGACGAUGGGAUGAAGCUCAUAGACCUUUGUAUGUGGCUACUUGUCGUUUAGUCGCUUUGUUGGGGACAGUGUCCAGAGACGACCGCACCACAGUGGGAGAGAUUCAAGAAGUAAGUACGGCAGCAUCAUUAAACAACAUUAAGGAGGGGCUCUCUAGUAUUACCGAGGAGAAAGCGGCAGAAAACAAGGUACUUUCCAUAUUUCUCACCGCAAACGCCCUCUUUCACGCCGUACAUAUCUACGCCUGGAGAAGAUAUCGAGGAGGAGAUCCACUUUAUGCAGAAACCGCGCAUGCCGAACAGAUAAUUGGCAUCACUCGUCGCUUUUACUCCAAGCUGAAGCGGCCGAGGACGGAAGCGCCGCCGACCAAGAUAUGGCCUAUCCCGCUCAUCAUGGCAGCGAUUGAGGCAAAGGACCCUAUUUAUAGAGACUGGGCGCUGCAGCUUAUCAAGGACUGCUCUCAGGCUGGAAAGCAUUACGUCAAUGCAUGUAGCUUUGUCGAAAGGGUGCAUGCCGCUGAGGAGGGGACGGGCUGUCGCGCUAAUCUUUGCCAGAUCGCUCAAGAUAUGGGCGAUGAGUUUGUGAUCUAG